AUAAUAGUAGAUCUAGUAUUCUGAUGUCCUACCUUCCUGUCAUUGUGAUUUAGCAUCAUAAAUUUGAUAAUUUUUUAGUUAGUGAAAUAGUAUCUAUAUCAGACAAAUAAUGUUUCCCCAGAACAAUAUGAAGUCAAAUUGAGACAUAAAUCCUGUGGUUUGUAAUGGUUUUGAAUGCAUUUAAUAAAUUCCAAAGGUAAUAUCAAUGUAGUCUGGAAAUGGUGUGUAAGGAGGAAGUACUGGUAUGGUUCAAGGACUUGGAAAGUCACAAUAGGAUAGAUUUGGUGUAUGAGUUACUAAAUAUGUGUUUACCAUUCGAGGUACGUUUUUUUGGCUCGUGUAUCGAAGAAUUAGGAAGACUCACUUAUCUAGAACUACGGGGACCCAGCAUCACAGCCAAUGACGUAGAGAAAUUAUCAAAGGAUGGGUCGUUUACUCAUGGUAUAUUAGACGAGAGCGUUCGGCAUAGGUUGAUAAUUUACAUGUCUCUGCUAUCGUCGAAUAAUUGCAGUGUAGCCAAUUGGUUUUAUCAAAAUUUAUUAAGGACAGACUCCAUUGACGAGUAUUUAAAAGAGAAGGGAAAGGAUGAAAUGGUACAUAGUGAAUUUUUAUUGUUGUUUACAAUGGCGUUGCAUCAUCCUGCAUUUACGUUUGAACAAAAACAGUUUUUUAAUAGGGUGCUAAUGAGUUUAAUUGAUAUUAGGGAAAAUAGGGUAUCAGCCAAACACAGUGCACUAGGAUAUCCACCUGGAUUUGGAUAUCCAACUCAAAAGUCAAUGGAUAUUCCGGUGAUACCCGUAAAGACUGCUCCUACAACAUGCGGCGAUUCACCUGCGAUAUUUCAUCAACCACCUGGUCUGUCCCACCUACCCCCGCCACCAGCAAAUUUUGAUUUUAGCAGCAUUUCUAUGUGGAAUAGGCCAGGGUUCCCUUAUGGUGCUCCGGAGGUGAGUGUAUGUAUUCAUUUUUUUACUAAUCAUAGCGUAGUUUUGUUAAUAAUCCAUCGAAUGUGA